UUUGUCAAAGGUAACACAAACCACACUGGGAGAGAAAAGCUGUUUGUGAAUAAUAUACAGUAAAUCAGUUUAGGACUAGAUCAGUUUAAUGUGCCUAUAUAGACAGAAUGGAUUUCUGAACUGAAUGAAGUUUGUGUUUGUUGUUCUUCAUUGUUGAGACAGAGCAACGCCUGUGAAAUGAGUCUCUGUGAGAAGAGAGAAGAGGAGGCGGAUGUUCACAUACAUGAAGCAGCAGCUCCAGAACCCAGCUGUGUGUCUGUGAAGAGUGACACAUCCAUGGAUAAUCCCAUUCAGUUCAGUGAUGGAGCAAAGACCUCUGAGCCUGACAACGCCUGUGAAAUGAGUCUCUGUGAGAAGAGAGAAGAGGAGGCGGAUGUUCACACACAUGAAGCAGCAGCUCCAGAACCCAGCUGUGUGUCUGUGAAGAGUGACACAUCCAUGGAUAAUCCCAUUCAGUUCAGUGAUGGAGCAAAGACCUCUGAGCCUGAAGUGCAGAGAGAUGAUGUGAUCAGAUCAGUGAUGCCCAAUCUGACCUACACUAGCUCCGACCUUCAGACCCUCAUCAGACAGAUAGUCAAAGACCAACACAAAGCCAGCAUGAAGACCAGGCAUGAGAGCUUAUCUGAAGGAUCCAAACACGGAAGGAAUCAAAUCCACCUGAACAAGAUCUACACACAGCUCUACAUCAUAGAAGGAGAGAGUGAAAGGGUGAAUGAAGAACAUGAGGUUUUACAGAUGGAGAAAACAGCCAGAACAAAAGACACUCCAAUCUGCUGCAAUGACAUCUUUAAACCCUUACAUGAACCAGGAUGUGGGGAGAAAGACAAAAUCAAGACUGUUCUUACUAAAGGCAUCGCUGGAAUUGGAAAAACCGUCUCUGUGCAGAAGUUCAUUCUGGACUGGACCGAGGGAAAAGCCAACCAGGAAGUAGAUUUCAUGUUUGUGCUUCCAUUUCGAGAGCUGAACUUGAUUAAAGAUCAUCGGUACAGUCUUCACAGACUUCUGCUGGACUUUCAUCCUGAACUUCAAAAUCUGGACUCAAAGAUUUUUGAAGAGAGUAAAGUUGUGUUCAUCUUUGAUGGUCUGGAUGAAAGCAGAAUUCCACUGACAUUUUCAGAUGAUGAGAGAGUCCUUGAUAUGAAUAAGUCUUCAUCAGUGGCUGAGUUAAUGUCAAACCUCAUCAGAGGAGACCUGCUUCCCUCUGCUCUCAUCUGGAUAACCUCCAGACCAGCAGCAACCAGUCAGAUCCACUUAAAAUACAUCAACCGUGUGACAGAAAUUCAGGGAUUCAAUGAGCUUCAGAAAGAGGAAUAUUUCAGGAAGAGAAUCAGUGAUGAGCAUGAAGCCAGCAGAAUCAUCUCACACAUUAGAAGAUCAAGAAGCCUCCACAUCAUGUGUCACAUCCCUGUCUUCUGCUGGAUCUCAGCCACAGUGCUUCAGAACCUCCUGAAACAAGAUGACAGUGCAGAAAUCCCUCAAACUCUGACUGAAAUGUACAUCCACUUUCUGCUGACUCAGAUCUGCAUGAGGAAUCAGAAGUAUGAUGAGAGAGAUCCAGAGAAACUCCUUAAGUCCAACAGACACUUGAUUUUGAAACUUGCUGAGCUGGCUUUCAAACAGCUAAUGAAGGGCAAUGUGAUGUUCUAUGAGGAGGACCUGAUUGAGAGCGGCAUAGGCGCCACUGACGCCUCAGUGUAUUCUGGGAUGUGCACUGAGAUCUUUAAGCAGGAAUCUGUGAUUCAUCAGAGGAAAGUCUACUGCUUCAUACAUCUGAGCUUUCAGGAGUUUCUAGCUGCUUUCUUUGUGUUUUACUCCCAUGUAGACAAGAAUAAGAAAACACUAAAGUUGUUUUUGAAAGAAGAUUAUCAGCAUUACCAUAGGGAAUACAAUCUGCAUCAGCUACUAACACCAGCAGUUGAUAAUUCCUUAAAGAGUGAAAAUGGACACCUGGAUCUUUUCCUGCGGUUCCUGAUGGGCGUCUCACUGGAGUCCAAUCAGAGACUCUUAGAGGAUCUAUUGACACACAGAGAGAACAGCUCAGAGACCAUCAAAAGAGUCACACAGUACAUUAAAGACAAAAUCAGGGGUAAUGCAUGUCUCUCAGCUGAGAAAUACAUCAAUCUGUUCCUCUGUCUGAUGGAAAUGAAGGAUCAGACUUUGUACAGAGAGAUUCAGGAGUUUGUGCAAUCAGAGAAUUGCUCAAUGAAACGACUCUCUCCUGGUCAAUGCUCAACUAUAGCUUACAUGCUUCAGAUAUCAGAGGAGGUGCUGGAUGAGUUUGAUCUGAAGAAAUACAACACAUCAGAUGAGGGUAGAUGGAGACUGAUACCAGCUGUGGUGAACUGCAGAAAAGCUCUACUUGCUGACUGUAAUCUCACUACUCAGUUAUGCAAAAGCUUGUUUUCAUCUCUACAAUCAUCAAACUCACUGAGAGAGCUGGACCUGAGUCACAAUCACCUGCAGGAUUCAGGAGUGAAGCUGCUCUCUGAUGGACUCAAGGGUUCACACUGUCAACUCAACAUACUGAGAUUGUCAUGCUGUAAACUCUCUGGUCAGUUCUGUAAACGUUUGUUUUCAUCUCUACAAUCAUCAAACUCACUGAGAGAGCUGGACCUGAGUCACAAUAACAUACAAGAUUCAGGUGUGGAGUUUCUGUCUGAUGGACUGAAGAGUUCACACUGUCAGAUCAACAUACUGAGACUUGCUUACUGUUAUCUCACUGGUCAGUGCUGUCAAAGUUUAUCGUCAUCACUACAAUCAUCAAACUCUUCUCUGAGAGAGCUGGACCUGAGUAACAAUGACCUGCAGGAUUCAGGAGUGAAGCUACUCUCUGAUGGGCUGAAGAGUUCACACUGUCACCUCAACAUACUGAGAUUAUCUGGCUGUAUGGUGACAGAGGAAGGUUGUUCUUUUCUGGCUUCAGCUCUGAGUUCAAACCCCUCACACUUGCAAGAACUGGAUCUGAGCUACAAUCACCCAGGACAAUCAUUGAUCGAGUUACUCUCAAAUCCAAACUACAGACUGGAGAAACUCAAUGUGGAUCAUGGAGGAGAAUUCAGGAUUACAAAAGGACUAUGGAAAUAUGCAUGUGAUCUCACACUGGAUUUAAACACAGUAAACAGCCGUCUCACACUAUCUGAGGAGAACAGAAAGGUGAUGCUUGUGACAGAGAAGCAGCCGUAUCCUGAUCAUCCAGAGAGAUUUGAAGAGUAUCCUCAGGUUCUGUGUAGAGAGAGUCUGACUGGACGCUGUUACUGGGAGGUCGAAUGGAGCGGGUUUGCAGUUAAUAUAUCAGUGACAUAUAAAGAAAUCAGCAGGAAAGGGAAGAGUAAUGACUGUAGGUUUGGGCAAAAUGAAAAGUCCUGGAGUCUGAACUGUUUUGAUAAAAGUUUCAAUGUCUGUCACAAUAGUAAUAUCACAUUUAUAUCUGUCCCUCCAUAUCGCUCUAACAGAGUAGGAGUGUAUCUGGACUGGUCGGCCGGCACUCUGUCCUUCUACAGCAUCUCUGACACACACAAAACAACAACCUUACACACUUUCAGCUCCUCAUUCACUGAACCUGUUUAUGCUGGAUUUGGGGUUGAUAAUAGCUCUUCAGUGUCUCUGUGUGAGAUGAAACAGAAACAAUUGAGACACACUUGAGUGAAACACUCUCACGUUAUCUCUGUCUUUAAUUCACACAACUGUAAAACUGUUUCUCUCUUCUAAUCUUAAUUUCAGUGUGUAUAUACGUAGAAUCAAAGACACACUGACUUCGCUCUGAAUGAGAUACACCACAGACUUCUAUUGUGUUUUAUACAGACAUUUGAAUCUGGCUCAGCAGAGUUUUAGUCUUUCUGAGUCUCUGAGCGACACCUGGAGGAAGAUUUAGUUUCUUACUCACAGGAAACAGUUCUUAACAAGCAAUUACACUGUUACUAGUUGUCAGGACUCAUCUUCUAAACAUUUCAUUACAAAUUUAAAAUGCUGUGGAGCUCAUGGUAUAGAUACCUUCACAAAUCUAUUUUUGAUUUAUUGACUUAAUGGACUUUACAGAAUUGACAUGUUUUUAUGUCUUUGGUGUUGCCAAAAUGUUGGGACAUAGUUGGAAAAUAUGAAACAUUUUUACAUUUUUAAAUUAACAUAUUUUUUCUGUCGAGAUAUUGUGUACAUUGUUUGUUUAAAAGAUAAAGACGUGUACUUUUUUAAAUCGAGUAUAUAUUUGAAUCUAUAUGAAGCAUUGGGUUAUGUAAACUUUCCUUGUUCUGCAUUAUUUGUGUCUUCUUACAAACCUUUAUGUCUAUUCAGUUACAUUUACAUUUUUCAGGGUAUUUGUAUUUAUAGUCUUACUUUCUGAUUUAUAUACGUGUUUUAGAGUUAUUUAGAAGGGCAAUGUCAAUAAUCUAACUGCAAGUACUGUUUAGAAAAACAGUACUGAUUGACAUUGUAUGCAUUAACUAACCUAAACAAAACAAAUGUGUAUCAGUUGAAUUUUAAACAUGAC